CAAAUUCCACAUUCUUCAUCAAUUGGGCUUUUCCCCUCUGAAAUCAAAACCCUCGUUCGGUUCUCUACUUUUCAAUUGUGUUACAUAUUCGAAUUUAGGGUUUCUUUUUACAUGGAUGCUGUUGUUAGAAUUCCAAUCUACAUUUGAUAGCUUCAUCAUUGUUGUUUGAAUAGGAAUCCCAUGUUCAAAAUUUACCGCCGCACAACCCUUGGUUGUGCCAAGUUUUUCGAAUUCACAACCCUAAAAUGGAACCCUCUUUUCCAAUUCUGCAGGGCCACCUCCACCUCCAAUUCAUCCUCUUUCGUGGUCUCGUACCUCGUCAACAACUGUGCCUUCUCCCAAAAAACCGCUCUCAAAGCUUCCCGCAAUCUUCAUUUCUCGAAACCCCAAAAGCCUGAUUCUGUUCUCUCCUUCUUCCGAAACCACGCCUUCUCCAACUCUCAUAUAUCUCAUAUCCUCCAAAGAGUGCCCCAGUUACUUUCAUGCAACACCCAAAAGGUGCUGUUGCCAAAGUUUGAAUUUUUGCGUUCAAAGGGUGCUUCAUCCCUUGACAUUAUUCACGCCGUUACCGCCUGCCCUCAUUUUCUCCGACGAAGCUUGGAGAAUCGUAUAAUCCCAAGAUAUGAAUUUAUUAGAGGGCUCCUUCAACCCUUUAUUACGGACAAACAAAUCAUUGAUUUUCUGAUUCACAAUCCUGCUUUACUUUAUGAAAGCCGUGGGGUAGCUAACCUCGAAUUGUUGCUUGAUAGUGGAGUUCCCGGUUCAAAAAUUGUUAAAUUGCCCCAGAGAUGGCGUCGUCUACUCUACUUUGGCGACAUGUCAAAGACAGUUCAGGAGUUGAAGCAAAUGGGCUUCGAUGCUUCGCUUUCAACAUUCUGCAUAGCGUUGGUUGCCAAAAUUAUCCUAAACGAAAGCAAAUGGGCCGAGAAGAUUGACACUUAUAAGAGGUGGGGUUGGUCCGAAGAACAAGUUCUUCUAGCAUUUAGGAGGCAGCCUUAUUGUAUGCUGUCAUCCUGUGAUAAAAUUAAUGCCGUGAUGAGUUAUUGGGUGGAGCAGGCAGGCUUCAAUUCUGUGGACCUUGUCAAAUCUCCUGGAAUUUUCUUACUUAGUCUCCGAAAAAGGAUUGCUCCGAGGGCUUGUGUCUUGCAGUUUCUUGUCUCAAAAGGUCUGCUACGGAAGGAUGCAAGCUUAACGACACCAUUUGUUCUGACUGAGAAGUUGUUCCUGGAAAACUAUGUGAAACGUUUUAGGGAAGAUUCUUCUCAUCUGUUAAAGCUGUACACAGAACAUGAGUCUUGGAAAUGAUAGGGACAAGACCUUGUGUGAACUUGUCUUCAGGUUUGUUAGUUCUUAGAGAUCCUCCUUGCAAACAUUUAUGUUUUUCAGGAACAUGUUUCAUAUGCAGAUGAUUUUGUCAGAUCAGCUACAAAUUUUUGAGUUGUUUUAUGAAAGAUUCUUGUUGGGUAGAAAUUGUAAAGUAAAAUUUGUCUAAAGAAAGGGACUUCUCGUCUUAGGCAUAUUGCAGUGGCUUCAGUUAUCUGGGAUCUUCUAUCUACGAGUUUGAUUGCGCCAGCUUAGCUAUCAGUAGUUGUUUUAGCAAAAGUUUGUGGAAUAACUUAUGAGUAAAUAGGAUGGUAAGGUUGUAUCUGGAACCGAGAGGGUGCUAGCAUCUUGUAGUUGGUUAAAUGUUGAACGUAGAUUUUGUUGUCAACUGCUGUAUUUCUUCAUCUCAUUCUUGUAUGUGUUAUACUCCUGUCUAAAUCUGGAUUUCUACCAGUCUGAUUGUGUUCAUACAACAAUCAAACAGUAAAACAAGGACAAGAGUGAAAAAAAAAGAAGAAACUGUAUUUUUGAAGGUUCUAUACGCAGCGGGACGUCUAUUUCAUACCAAGAGCUUCGCAUGUUUGUGUGUAUAGAACUAGGAAUACCAGAAAUUGUCAGGACAAUUGAGACAAACCACUGUCUACAAGAAUACAACGAGUAGACAGAAUAUUCAAGCUCAACAUUUCUAGAUGUACUUUAGAAGAUGGUCUUUUGCGCUUUUCAUAAGACGAUCACAAUUUUAGAUAAAAUAUCACAAUUCUCUA